AUGGGGCUGCUGACUGGGGAGGCCCUGAUGCCCGUGGCCGUGGCCGUGGCCGUUUUCCUGCUCCUGGUGGACCUGAUGCACCGGCGGACACGCUGGGCUGCACGCUACCCGCCAGGCCCCGUGCCAGUGCCCGUGCUCGGCAACCUGCUGCAGCUGGACUUCCAGGCCAUGCCCUACAGCUUAGGCCGGCUGCGGCGCCGCUUCGGGGACGUGUUCAGCCUGCAGAUGGGCUGGACGCCCGUGGUCGUGCUCAACGGGCUGCAGGCAGUGCGCGAGGCGCUGGUGCUCCGCGGCGAGGACACGGCCGACCGCCCACCCAUGCCCGUCUACCAGCACCUGGGCUACGGGCCGCGCGCGCAGGGCGUGAUCCUGGCGCCCUAUGGGCACGCAUGGCGCGAGCAGCGGCGCUUCUGCGUGUCCACACUGCGUAACUUCCGCGUGGGCAAGAAGUCGCUGGAGCAGUGGGUGACCCAGGAGGCCGCCUGCCUCUGUGAAGCCUUCGCGGCGCAGGCAGGACGCCCCUUCAGCCCCGACGUCCUCCUGAACAAGGCGGUGACCAACGUGAUCGCCUCCCUCACCCACGGGCGGCGCUUCGAGUAUGACGACCCUGUGCUCCUCAAGCUCUUGCAGUUGAUGGAGGCCGGACUGAAGGAGGAAACAAGCGUCCUGCGCCAGGUGGUGAACGUGUUCCCAGCGCUCCUGCACAUCCCGGGGAUGGUCACCCAGGUCUUCGCAGGACAGAAGGGGUUCAUGGCCCUGCUGGAAAAGAUGAUCGCUGAGCACCGGGAGACCUGGGACCCAGCCCAGCUGCCCCACGACCUGACCGAUGCCUUCCUGGACCAGCUGGAGAAGGCCAAGGGGAACUCUGAGAGCAGCUUCACGGAUGAGAACCUGCGUCUGGUGGUGGGCGAACUGUUUUCUGCGGGGAUGGUGUCCACCUCCACCACGCUGGCCUGGGGCCUGCUGCUCAUGCUUCUGCACCAGGAUGUGCAGCGUCGUGUCCAGGAGGAGAUCGAUGAGGUGAUAGGGCAGGUGCGGCCACCUGAGAUGGGGGACCAGGCCCGCAUGCCGUUCACCACAGCUGUUGUCCACGAGGUGCAGCGCUUUGGGGACGUAUCUCCACUGAGCAUGCCUCACAUGACCUCUCGUGACACUGAAGUGCAGGGCUUCCUCAUCCCCAAGGGGACCAUGCUCAUCGCCAACCUGUCGUCAGUGCUAAAGGACGAGGCCGUCUGGGAGCAGCCCUUCCGCUUCCACCCAGAACACUUCCUGGAUGCCCAGGGCCGCUUCGUGAAGCCAGAAGCCUUCAUGCCCUUCUCAGCAGGCCGCCGCUUGUGCCUCGGGGAGCCCCUGGCACGCAUGGAGCUUUUCCUGUUCUUCACCUGCCUCCUGCAGCGUUUCAGCUUCUCGGUGCCCGCCGGACAGCCCCGGCCCAGCGACCACGGCGUCUAUGACUUCCUGGUGUCCCCACCCCCCUACCAGCUCUGUGCCGUACCCCGCUAG